CGACGCGUCGGGGAUGCUGAAAAGCGCCAACCGCAAGGCAUUCUUCCAGCGAACCACCGUUGCGAAAACCGGUGGCCCCAGUCUGGAAAACCCAAACCUGGACAGCGCGGCGGCAGUGGUGAGCACGCACCACGCGAACGUGGAAGAGAACAAAAGUCGCAGUAAAACAGCAAAUCACCCGGAGGUGGAAGUACUAGGUGUAGGUGGUGAACAACAUCAAGACGCACCCUCAGGCAAGAAAAGUGACAACAUCAUCAACAAAAGCAGUGCCUCUAAGACGCCGAGCAGUCCUGCUGUUCCGAACCAGAGUUUCGCCUCCAAAUCGGUUCAUUCGCGCGCGGAGGAGGAGCUGAACAUCAAUUCGCUGCAGAUGCUGCUGGACCGGGGUCAGUACACGGUCGACAAGAAGAAGCAGGUCGGCGGCUGCAUGAACCGGUUCGGGCGCCCGGUGUGCUGCGACGAGAUCGAGCCGGAGGUGGAGGAGACGGCGUCGUGUCUGAACGCGGACUUCCGGCAGGAGGCCCGGGUCGCCAUCGUGACGGGGGUGUUCGGCCCCGGUGACAAGGACGAAUUUACCGUGGGCGCGAUCAAAAUGGGGAAGUCUUUGAACGUGGUGCUGGACCAGGAGGACAAAAGCAAGCCCAAGCGCGCGGACCUGGUCAUCCUGGAGAUCAACCAGUUCCCGAUCGCGGAGCCGUACCGGGUGCGACUACAGCAGGCCGGGUGGAAGAUCUGCACGGUGACCUGUGUCAAGAAUCGAAGUUUCAUCCACCAGCCGGCGCUGCGGCACCGGUUCACCUUCACCAAACUGAAGCUGCUGUCCUUCGUCACCUACGAAAAAGCGAUGUGGAUGGACUCCGACGUGCAGAUCAUCGGCAACAUCGACGAGUUGAUCGACUUCGAUUUUCACCAGGAAAAUCGCGACUGCCGCAUGGCGGCGGUGCGAGACCUGAUGAUCGACUCGCAGAACGCGAAGCAGCCCGGCAUCGAGAACCGGCACAACUUCAACGCGGGACUGAUGAUCGUGGAGCCCUCGUGGCAGCAGUACUUCAGCAUGAUGAAGUUGCUCGGCCCGCAGCACGGCUCGAGCCAUCCGCAACUCCGCAAAAUGUGGUGGGACGUCGAAAGAAGGCAAAAGAUGUACUCUCACUACGUCAAGACACAGAUGAGUUCAGCGCCACCACUGCACACCAAUGUCUCGGUCGGAAUAGAUUAUACCGUCUCCGCACGACAGACUAUCAUAGCUACCUCAGCCUCGUUCAGCAGCGCUGCACUGGCGGAGGUGGAAAAGUUGCAGCAGACCGACAGCAUUGACACGAGCAAAACUUCUGCUGCGCUGGGACAAGAAAAGUCCAGCACGACUACAGGCGGAUUUGUGGUGACAGAAAUAAAUGCUACAAACAGUACAAAUGAUGCAAAUAAAGGAUCGUCCGCGGCCACGAGCCUGUCUCUGGAGGACUACGAGCGCUUCGUGCUCGUGACGGAUCCGAGCAGAGAACUAGUUGCGGACACGGGGACUGCGGUUUUUCUUCCGCAAGACCCGCCAAACACACUGACUGCGCGACCGGUGCAAGGUUCCCUUUACAAUCCGGUGACAAAUCGCCGGGAUCCGGUUUUUCACAACGCAGCAAUCUUCAUCACGCACCCAUCGAUGAGCGAAAACGGGGCGCUGGAAAUGGAGGAAGCAGUCAAGUACCUACCAGAUCCAACUUACGCUGGAAAAACCGCUUGAGUCAACUACAACUGUAAGUGCAAACUUGUUGUCAUGUCGGUGGGAAAGGAUAAGGAAAGCAUGCAUGCUCUAUUAUCUUGUGUGUACCUCGCAGCUUCUUGUCGCUGUUGCUGUCGCUUCCCAUGCACUAGAAGAGAAAUGCAAGGUACUCGACAACAGCUAGCAAUCAGUAUUCAGAUGCACCCUUUUGAUAUCCGGUGGUGGUCAUAGAUUUACGCCUGUCCAGAGUUCUUUAAAUCAUCUUCAGAAUGUGCAUAUCAGCUUGCUUGACAUUGACUCGGGAUUUUCCGCUCAUGCGACCUUCAGCGAACAGGGUUUCUGGAACGACAAUUAUCGACACUCCUGGUGCCGCUUGCCCUGCAAGUACAACGCGAUCUUGCCCUACGUGCUGGUCCCCCGCCUGCGCUUCAUCUGGGAGCGUUGCAGUCGCGACGCCCGCAUCGUGCACUGGGCUUUGUUCAAACCGCACUUUUGUCCAAAGCUGGAGCCUCGCUUCGUCAGCCUGGAUGGCGAAAAGGACCACGAUGCAAGGCGGAUUGUGUCCACUGCAGGUGGUGCUAGAAGUCAUGCAGGCGCACCAGAACAAGAAGUGGUUCUUGGCACCACAGACGACAAAACCUUCCGCCCGGAUGGACAGCAACCGGGGGCGGCCGCGAUUGCGACCGGGCGAGUAGUUCAAAAUGAGCAAGACGCAGAGGAUAUGUUGCUCCGACAGGCGGCCGCGCAACAAGAUGAGGGCCAGCAGGCAGAGCAGUCUGCUUCCUCGCUCCGAAAAAAUCCCGCCGGCUUUUUCUCGCACGAGGGCGAUCAGAACGUCAAUCACCUCCUGGGGCAGAAUAGCCAUUUCAUCUCCCCGACCGUAGAGAACGAACGCUUCUACUUCCAAGAACAACAAGAAGAGAGUGGAACAAGUGCGGGAGACACGAGUGCGGUGCCACUUUCUGUGCAUGCUGCAACCAAUUACACGAUGAAAAACGGCGCCACAGCGGCAAUAGUCACUACGCGGAGGUCUCCUUAUUUUCCGUCCAAGCAGGUCGAGAUUUUGCCGAAGCGCUUUCCGCGUUGUGGCUUCUAUGACUACGACCCCGAGUUCAGCUUGCGGGGGUACCUGUGGAAUCUCGGAAAUUCCGGCAUCGAGGCACGACUAGUGCUUCGUCUGUUCUGCUUCUACUACCACAUUGUGUAGAAGUGGUUCUCGCCGAGGUCGUUCGCUGCCUGUGGUACAUGAGAAAGCGUACAACCUGCGGCCUCUGCACCAAAGUCAUUUUUGACCGCGUGCUUUGAUGAUUCACAAAGAACAGAGAUAAAGAACACACAAGAGUAAAACGCAAAUUUGGUUUUAGUGUCUCGUCUAUGACUAUGCUUGAUGUUUAACGAGUUUCUAUCAGAUUCAGUAGCGGCUAGUGUAAGUUUGUCAUUUAUCGUAUCAUGCAGCAAAGCAUUGGCAUCCAUCAUGCUUUCUUGAGAUUACAGCUUUACGAUUGAGCAUACAGCAGACGCAGAGCAAAUUGAUAGUUUUGCUAUCAGGCGACUUCGAUGCAAUGAGCGAAAGCGGAAAUUUACAUCGGUUGUCCUUUCCGCAGAACAAGCGGAAAGUGCAUUUACUACAGACAUAGAACGAAGCUCAUUCGCUGCUAGUGGCAGUGAUGUGGGUAACACAAUGAAUGGCGCGCCGUCGCUACUAGAAGAAGAU